ACUUUCAUCUUAUCUCAGAAAUGUUGACAAAUUUAAUCAUUGUUUUGUAAACCACUCAUUCUUUCUAUAUAUACGCAUAUAUAAGUCGUACAUAUACUCGUUUGGUUUUUAUACGCAACAGAGAGCGCGAAAUAUGAUUGCAAUUAUAUUUAGUGUACGAGCAGCAACAAAGCAAUGACAGUGCGCGGCAUAGAAGCCAUCAAUUUAUACAUGCCGACGUCAAAGGCUCAUGCAGCUACAGCGAUCAAAACCGACGUACGCGAGGAAACAGGACGAACAAUUGAACCUGUUGUAAUUGGUGGCGACAUAAUGACAUCUGUUGAGCGAUAUAAGCAAGAGUGGAGCCAGUUGUUGGCUGAUUUGGACGAGAAUCCAGAAAAAUUGCGACUUGCUGCAUUCAAUGGCCAGCUGAAAAUGUCGAAAUUUCGCAGCAUCCAUUGGGCGCUUUUGCUGCGUGUUUUAAACGUUGAUCAUCGCAGCUGGCAUAUUCAGCGUGGCCAACAAAGAAGCAGAUAUGACAAGUUUCGUCUGGAUUAUGUUCGCAAUCCUCACGAGCUGGCUGCAAACGACGACGAUGAUCCAUUGUCGCAGUCCACGCAAAGCGCAUGGAAUCAGUAUUUUAGCGAUCAGGAAUUGUUUGCGGUCAUACGACAAGAUGUCGUGCGCACCUUUCCAGGUGUCGAGUUUUUUCGCAAGGAGCUUAUCCAGAAUGCCAUGACAAACAUUUUAUUCUAUUAUGCUCGGGAGCAUCCUUAUAUGUGCUAUCGUCAGGGCAUGCACGAGAUUUUGGCACCCAUAAUCUUUGUGCUUUACAGCGAUCACCAGUCGCUGCUGCACUUCAGCGAAAUUGCCAAGACUGACGAUAUAAACGAGACGCUACUGAAUGUGCUGGAUACGGCGUAUCUGGAAGCGGACACCUACUCCAUUUUCUCGCGACUCAUGGCUUCCGUGGAGUCCUAUUAUCGCGUCUCAAAUCUGGUGUCCACAUCAAGCGGCUAUAUUGAAACGCAAACCUUAAAUGAGUCUUCAGGCAACGGAGACAAUGAGCCCCAAUCGGAGGUUGAGGUUAUCAGUCAAUUGAAUUUCAUACGUGAUAAAAUUCUUGCCAAGCAGGAUCAGCAUCUGCAUCAUUAUCUGCUUAAAAUGGAAAUUCCAUUGCACAUAUUUGGCAUUCGUUGGCUGCGCCUUUUGUUUGGCCGUGAGUUUAUGCUUUUGGAUCUGUUGCUGCUGUGGGAUGCCAUCUUUGCGGACAGCGAUCGCUUUGAUCUGCCCAACUAUAUCUUGGUGGCCAUGCUGGUGCACAUUCGAGAUAAGCUGCUCUUGAGCGAUUACACAACAUCGUUGACUUAUCUCAUGCGUUACCCAAGCUAUGUGGACGUCAAUUUGGUACUGCGCCAUGCAUUACAUAUGCAGAAUCCCAAACAAUUCGAAUACCCCACGAAUGCCUUUAAUUGUGUCUCCUUCACAAGCAACAGCAAUUCAACGCCACCCGCAUCUGAGUCACAAACUUUCAAAUUACGACAGCGCACCAAUUCAGAAACCUCAACUAUUGGCAGUGGCAUACAAAUUGAUCGCCACAUCGCAUUCUUGCAAGCGCAAAAUGCAGCCAAUUCCUCGGCAUUGGCCAAGCUCUCCGAUACACAUGGUGCGGCAAUGGAUGGCUAUUUAGAAGACAGUCCUGAGCUACUGCGUCUGGAGCUAAAGAACGCCCAGACUGUCAUUAAAAUAGCGCGUAGCAAGCUGGCUAACUAUCUGACUACAGUUCGUCAGCAUAUGGGCAAGCAGAGCAACGAUGAAUUAAGUCGAACCCUUGAUGGGAUCGAGGAGCUCUGCAGCUUUCUAGAUGUCAAAUUCAUAUUUCCAUUACACGCUCGUUCCGCUCCCAUCGACAAGGCAGACGAGGCCAAUGAACGGAAGCAAUUGAAUAAUGCCAGGAAAAGCAUAAGAGCAGCCAGCACACCAAACAUCACAUCAAAACUUGUUGCCAUUCAAUCGCCAGCUGCGGUUGCUGCUGCUCCUAGUGGCUAUGAGGUGCCUGAGAAUGCAUUCAUGCACAACUCAACACGUCGCUUGCUUGGCAAUCGGCGUGAAAUAGAAUUGUCAACGAUCACAAGCGAUGAAAGACCAGAAACUAUGGUGCUGCAGAAUGGUCUGCCAGCGGCUGAGCCGCAACAGCGACCGCAAUGAAGCAUUGCCAGCAAUAAUGGUGACUAAAUUUAGUACACGUAUCCGUAUCGACUGAAUAAGCUACAAUUAUAGGGCGUUUAUUGAUUAAGAGAAUAUUGUGAAAAUGUGUGCAUAAUCCUAAUGAAACGCUUUUUUAUUUAAACUGAUGAGAAAAGAAUAAAUUUAUCCAUUCUUGAAAGUGCAAA